AUGGACCUUCCAUCCAGCUUCCCCUACAAAGCCUGGACAAUCCGCUACAAUGUCAUCGAGUCCGAGUCCGCUUCUACUCCAAGCCAGACACGAGGAGAGAAGAGAUCUAUCGUCUUCGUCCACGGCACACCCUGGUCCUCCGCGGUGUACAAGCCCGUCAUCAGCUCCCUUCUCGCGACCAACACACCCUACCGCAUCUUGAUCUAUGAUCUUCCAGGUUACGGCCGGUCGCAAGCCUACUUCUCAACCAGUCCCGACGCCGUGACCAAAGCGAACUUGCCAGGCGACACCUCCGUCGCAUUUCAAGCUCAAGCUCUCGCCGCAUUGCUGGAACAUACCCACUCCUCCAGCAGCGAUAGCCAAACUCCGCCGGCAGUCAUAGCUCACGACAUUGCAGGCGCUAUCGUACUGCGAGCUCAUCUCCUACACGGCGUGGAGUUCUCUAGUAUGCUGCUCUGCGACACGAACGCCGUGCUGCCGUGGGGCGACGGGUUUUACAAGCUCGUCAGGUCGCAGCCGCAGGUAUUUUUGGAGUUGCCGAGGCAUGCAUUCGAAGCGGUUGUGAUAUUUGUGGUGAAGAGUGCGUUGCAUCGAGCGAAAGAAGUGGGUGAUGAGUGGGUGGAUGUGUUGUCUUCGCCUUGGGUUGGUGGUGCGAGUGAGGUGGAGAGCAAGGAACGGCAGAUGAGCUUUGUGCGGCAAAUCGCACAGGCAGACGACGGAGAUGUGAAGCAGAUGUUGGACCAGCAAGUGUACAGGAAGGUGAGGUGUGAAGUGAAGAUGAUUCGGGGAGAGGAGGAUUCGUGGAUCCCGAGAGAGAAGCUGGAGGAGUUGAGGGAGCGGAUGGGUGUGACAGUGAAAGAACUGGUACCGAUUGCUGACGCUGGACAUUUGGUGAUGUUGGAUCAGCCGGAGAGAUUUGAAAGAGAGGUGUUCGAUUGGUUGAGUAGUCUUGGGUGA